AUGUCCUACUCGGGAUGUCACACACAUGGCAGCGUGGAGUACUGCUAUGGGGCUGAUGGCGAAGAGACCCCCAUCACCACACAUGCACAGGCGACGGCCACGUCUGUGUCUGCUACUGCAACUUCAUCGGCACAGUCAUCUGCAGUGACGGGGUGUCAUAACCAUGGUGACGACGUCUACUGCAUAAAUGGCGAAGGAAAUGAGGUGCAGGUAUCGUUGACCGCGACCCCAACUGGGGAGCUGCCCGCACAGUAUACCGGUUGCCAUUCCCACGGUAGCUCACAGUACUGCUUGGACGCAGACGGAAACGAUGUCCAGAUUCUGGAAGAGGGCGAGACCGGAGGCGAAAGCGACAGUAGCAGCGAGUCUAGCAGCGAGUCGAGCGGCGAACUAAACUGUCAUUUCCAUGCUGGUGUUGAGCAUUGCGUCGGUGCAGGCGAGUCGGAAGGGUCGAGCGAGAAAUCCUGCGGUGUCCAGAGUCGCGACUAUGAUAUGCCACUGCGGAUUGGAACAUUGUUCGUGGUACUUGUCACAAGUGCCCUUGGUGUCUUCCUUCCCAUGUUGCUGGUCAAACUUCCCUUUCCCACGAUCAAUACUAUGGCCUCAACUGUUAUCAAGCAAUUUGGUACUGGUGUGAUCCUAUCCACCGCCUUUGUUCAUCUAUACACCCAUGCCAACCUUAUGUUCACGAACGAAUGUCUCGGCGAGCUCGACUACGAAGCCACCACAUCUGCCGUCGUGAUGGCCGGUAUCUUCCUUUCCUUCCUCACCGAGUUCAUCGGCCAUCGUUUCAUCGCAGCCCGUGGACAUAAAUCAGCCUCGGAAUGCUGCGAGGACACACCAUCGAACAAUGAGUCCGCAAAUCCAAAGGAAAACACAGCACCACGGACGAUGCAGCUCACCCAACUAAGCCACAGCCACGGCGGUGAUGGUGCUAACACGAAACUUCGCGGGCGACUCCUUUUACAAAACCUUGCUGGUGGUCAUUGUGUUCCACCAGUUCUUCGAGGUCUGGCGCUCGGAGCACGGAUUGCGAUGCUUCCGGGUCGCAUCUUCCCCAGUAAAGCCGUGAUGGCAGGGACCUUUGCGCUGAUUACGCCGAUCGGAAUGGCGAUCGGAAUGGGAGUGUUGCACUCGUUCAAUGGCAACGCGCGAAGCACUCUGAUCGCACUGGGAACAUUGGACGCUUUGUCGGCUGGUAUUCUGGUGUGGGUGGGUGUUGUGGAUAUGUGGGCGAGAGACUGGGUGAUUGAAGGAGGCGAGUUGCUGGAUGCGCCCUUGCCAAGAGUGUUGGUGGGAGGAGUGUCCCUGAUAGCCGGUAUGGUCCUGAUGGGCGUGCUGGGCAAGUGGGCCUAG